AUGUUCCCCCAGGUUAAGCCGGACCCAGACGCCUCGACGCCCUACAUCAAACCCGACCCAGACAACAAAGACACUGUUCUUGCCGAUGUCGAUGACGAGGACCUAUACGAAGAUGCGGGCGAUUUAGAUUUCGCCAACGCUACACAGAGCUUAUGGCUUUCACGAAUACCGCGGUCGCUCUGGGAGCAUUGGUCGAAGCUAGACGACGAUGAAGAGAUUCAGAUUGGGACAAUACGAAUAGAAGGAGAGGCGAACGAUAUUAAGCGAGUCAGCUUGCGCAUAAACGAGCGAGAAGAUAAUCGCGAGAUUCCAAAGGAUUAUAUCUUGAAGCGACAGACGAUAAACUCGGACAACCUGACACACAUGACUCAAAAUACAUUUCUUUUCACAGAGAAGGACAUUCCCGGCCACGAAAAUCGGAUGGGUACUUUUGGUGAGGCGAGAUCUGCCUUGUACGAGUCGAUGAAGCGCGAUGCUAGGAAGAAGGAGCGAAAGAAGAAAUGGGAACCCUAUGUUCGAAAAACAGUGCCCAAGCAAACUGCACUGGAAGGGCACGUGAAGGAAGAGUUCAACUGCCUUCCCGUCGAGAACGACGAAUUUAGAAUGCUCUCGGAGAAGAAGGCGCUAGAAGCGCUCAAACCGAAGCGAGAAACCGUCUUCAUCGACAAGCUCCCAGGCAAGUUGCUGCAACAGAGGCACGCCUUGCCUGGAGAGCAGAGCGCGUUCGUGCAAGCAACGAGGCCCACAAAGCUCAAAGCGCAGGAGAACAAGACCACGCGUAUGCCGCAAAACGAGCUGCUGGAUCUUAUUUAUGGGUGCUUCCGGGAAUACAGAUACUGGCCGUUUAAAACCCUCAAAGCUAGGUUACGACAACCUGAAGCUUAUCUUAAGCAGACUCUGGAGAUGAUUGCACACUUGGUGAAAUCCGGCGACUUUGCAAUGACAUGGGAGCUGAAACCUGAGGCGAGAGAGAGCAAUUACUCGAACGCGAUGAAGGAAGAAGCUGCUCCCGGUCUCGACUAUAAUUUUGACGAAGGCUCUGAAGAUGAUGCAAUGGCGUCCGGCAUGGAUAACGAUGAUGCACAGUUCGAAAACGUUGUUUAG